AUGUCCUCUUCCAAAGAGAGUGUGAAGCAACUCCUCAAGUCUUUCCCUAAGCGACCUUUCGAACAGAAGGCACUGGAUGAUAAGGUUGCGAAGGAAGUGCGGAAGUUGGAGAGCAAGGGGUCACUAGAGAAUGUCAAGAGUCAAUGGGAGCUGGUCCUUAGGAGUGAAGUCUUCGCAUUGGCAGAAUCAGAGGGACAAGCUCUGCAAAAGGACGACGCUGCCUACUACAGCAAGCUCAUGGACCGGUUGGACCUUGUCCUCACUUUCACCGAACACGACGCUUGUGAUGCCUCCUUUCCUUUCACCGUAUUGCAGGAUCUUCUGGAAACACAGACAAUUCCAUCCUGUUCACAGAUAUUCUCCUGGAUCGAAGGGCGUGCAUCCCGUCUCACGAAGGGAAUGAUUCCACAGAAAGGGAAGGCUCUCAUUCUACUCAGAACGCUGAAUGAUCUUCUACGUCGCCUGUCGAAAAUGGGUUCAACCACUCUCUUCUGUGGACGGAUAUCGACAUUCUUGAGCGGCGUAUUCCCUCUGGGCGAGCGGAGUGGUGUUAACCUGCGGGGGGAGUAUGGUCCUGUGUGGGAAGGGGUCAUAGACGUGGACCGCGAAUGGACUGUCGACGACAAGGCAGAGGAUGACACCAAGAAACGAGUCGCUGAGUCCAAAGACAGGGAAUUCUACAAUACCUUUUGGUGUUUACAGCUUCCGUUCUCGCGGCCUCCCUUGUUCGCUCUCCCCGAUACUCUCAGCAAGUUCAAGGAGGCGGUAGACAAGGUUUUACCUGUGAUCAAAGAGGCCACGACGAAAGAACGCGCUAUGAUGGGUAACCGGGCUGCUUCUGGUCAAUCUCAUACAUCGAAACGGAAACGCGAACCGGAACCGGGGGAUGAGACAAAUAGCAGCGAUUAUUUCUUUGCAAAGUUCCUCACCAGUCCUGACCUCUUGAGCUUAGAGCUUGCUGAUACACAUUUUCGACGUCAAAUCCUUUUCCAACUACUCAUGAUCCUUCAUCAUCUCCUCACAUUCACGAAGACAGCGAAAGCAGCAUGGGCAACCCCUCGCAACCGCUCUCUCCAGAUGGACUUCACCUUGGAGCCAGCAGACGCACAAUGGGUUCAAGAAACUAUCACGAAGGCUACUGCUGAGCUGCGUUCGACAGCGCCUGGUGGGCCUGCGUUCGCGGACACCGUCAAUGUUAUUUUUGACAGAGAAAGAAAUUGGGUGAGAUGGAAAAAUGACAUGUGCCCUCCAUUCGACAAGGAGCCGUGGGGCGAAGAAGUGGACGGUAAUAGGGUUGGGUUAGAGGAGGCAACAAGGGAGCUUAGAGGAAAGCGGAGAGAAGAUCCGGAAGACUGGACAUGGAGUCUCGGAUCGGAAUCGUUGACGGAGAUCUGGCAAAUGGGUUACAGGGAUUUGACAGAUCUACAGAACCCUUUCCAGGUGGGUGAUGUAAAGGACUUCGUGAAAAAAAUCAAACAAGAAGAUGCUCGGAUUGACAUGCGGAAGAGGACACUGGCCCGGACCGCGGAGCGAAUUGCCCAAGCUCGAGCAAAAGCCGCAGCAUCCAAUCAACCUGCAGCAGAAAGUGCCGCCCCUGCACCUGUGUCUCAGGAUGCCCAACCAUCAAUCACGGAGGCGAACAAACCUGAGAUGUCGCCUCACCCUCCGUCAACCGCUGUUGCCUCACCCGCACAUCCAUCUCUACCGCCUAAACCAUCUACAACAACAGUUCCCUCGGCGGCCCCGGCACUCCCAGCAACAGCAACAGCCACACCGACACCCAUUCCUGCUCCUGCACAAGUAUCAGCUCCCCCGGUUGACGAACAGGUUCAGAAAUUCGAAGAAAACAAGCAAAGAUGGUCCUGGCUUGCCUUGCGGAUGGCACGCGAUCAGUAUCUGCAACAUUUUGGUAAGAUUGGUACGGGGGAUAUACUCCUACUCGCCCAAGAGAUCGAAGCGGAAAAGGAAAAAGAACGAGAGAAAAAAGAGGAGAAGACGCAAAAGGCUGAGGAGAAUCGCGUUUUGGUCACUGGCGGAGCAGGUUAUAUCGGUUCACAUGUUGUCUUUUCCCUGCAGCAGACAAGACGAUACAAAGUAAUCUCUAUAGACAAUCAUCACAACUCAUUCCCGACUGCGUUGACCCGCGUCUCCCAACUUGCGCGUGAUGCACUCCCGGCAAACCCAACACCAGCAGACCUAGAAAGUGCAGAAAUCACUGCACACCAAUGUGACCUAACGAGCGCCGAAGAAGUUAGAGCAGUAUUUGAAAACUAUGGAAAGGGCGGGAUUUGGGGCGUUAUCCAUAUUGCAGCGUACAAGGCAGUCGGCGAGUCGGUAGAAAAGCCCUUGGAAUAUUACGCCAACAAUGUCGUCGCGACCAACUUGCUUCUCCAAAUCAUGUCCGCUUAUGACUGCACCCGCAUCGUUUACUCCUCCUCUGCCACCGUCUACGGCACACCUCCUAAAAUACCUAUUCCGGAGACCACUCGGUUAAAAGCUCAUAGCCCGUACGGCCGGUCGAAAGUGAUGUCUGAAAUGAUUAUUGAGGACUUAUGUCAUGCCGAACCAGACCGCUGGCGUGCAAUCUCUCUGCGUUACUUCAAUCCUGCUGGUGCACACCCAUCCGGCCUCAUAGGAGAGGAUCCCCGGGGUCGACCUGGAAAUCUUUUGCCGCUGCUUGCACAGAUGGCCGUUGGACGCAUCAAAGAGGACACCCUGAAGGUGUUUGGGAAUGAUUAUCCAACCCCUGAUGGCACGUGUGUUCGCGAUUAUCUCCACGUCUUGGACUUGGCAUCAGGACACCUCCUCGCUCUUGAUGCUCUAGCUCCCGAGUCCACUACAUUUGACAAUUGUCCUAACGAAGCCCGCUACAAGGCGUACAACCUAGGGAAAGGGCGUGGGAUGAGUGUACUCCAGAUUGUCGAGGCUAUGCGCAAAGCUACUGGCUUCGAUUACAAGUACGAAAUUAUUGGAAGGAGGCGUGGGGAUGUUCCAGAUCUCACUGCCGACCCGAGCCUUGCUGAAAAGGAACUGGGUUUCAAGGCACCUCAGCCCUUGGAGGUUAUGUGCAGAGAUCUUUGGAACUGGCAGUCGAAAAAUCCCAACGGUUAUGCAUAG